ACGUCGGGAUACGUGGAUUCGAAUAAUUAUGGCGAGCUUCGUGCUACCCCUAUCCGUAUUGUUCAUGACGAUAUUGAAUAGUGAGCUCACAUCAACGAUGCUCAUCACGAAGACCACGCCUACCGUCAACAGUUACGAAGAUAUUCUUCUCUUUAAAAAUGUCAAAAUCUAUACUGAAAAAAACACGGUGCUUCAUACCAUGCUUUCGGAGGCGCGUUCGGAACUUUUUCAGCGGUUAAAACCGCGCGUGGCGCCUGUUGAAGGUAUAUUCAUCCAAACGCCUAAUACAUACAAGUUACUAAGCGCUGUGGAGCAACAAAGGGGCGUGAUUGUGGUAAACGUCGAUAUGGCGCACAAUUUAAUUGUAACGGCGCAUAGAAAAUGGCAUCGCUGUCCGCAUCUACAAGUAGCACGCGAACAAGCCGGUUUACUUCUAGCUAACGUAUUUCUCAGCCGAAAAAUUCCUGACCGGACUAGACGGAAAUUACGGAAGGGGUUUCGAGCAACCCACGAAGGUGGCUUCCUCACAAAAGCUCUAGAAUGGACGCGUCGUGAUUCGAGCGCAUGCUUGAGUCGUUCUGAUAAUGAAUUAAAGCCAAUGACCUUUAACCAAUUGGAAGGGUCCUUUAUGGUUUUGGCGAUCGGUGGUGUGUCGAGCCUUUUGUCCUUGCUCAUUGAAGUGGCAUGGGCGAAAGACUUGCAUAGAUCCUGUUGCUCCUCGCGAUCUGGCCGUGUCUUAUGCCGAGCGCUAGCGAAGGCAAACAUCUCGCGACUUAAUACUUUAAAAUGAUAUAUAUAUAUAUAUAUAUAUAUGGAUGACUACUCUGAAUUACAUGAUUCACUGAAUACAAGUUGGUAUCAUUAAACAAUUAAA